AUGCGUCACCCACGUGCGAGGUAUCGCGCCCUCCUCCGCCUUCGUCACGCGUUUGAUCUCGUCGGAGGUGCUCUAAUAUCACCGGAGAUGCGAUCGAUGGCUGGAAAGCGCUUGUGGUGGCUAGCUCGUCCCUAGCCCUCUCUUCCUCUUUCUCUCAUAGUGGCAUUCCCUCUUACACCGUCUUCUUCUCUAGCCCUAGACGCCGGAACCUUGGUGUUCGUCUUGUACCCGCCGCCGACUACCUCUUUUCUCAACCUUGUCAUCGCCUUCCGGAAGGGGAGGCACGAGGGUUUCCUUCAAGGUUGAUUUUGACAGCAACAUCUUCAAGGAGUGACAUAACUACAGCAAGGCUUAUUUUGACCUAGGUCUGGUCAGUGUAAAAUAUCAGACAAAUAUCAGUUUUUUUUUGUCUGUUUGAGGAGGAAAAGCUGUCUACAAUUCGUUGCUCGGUUUGGAUUUCAGAUGUCUGUGUGAUGGCUCGAUGUGGUCGGUUUUUCUUGAUUUCUUCAUUUGCUGUGCGACAACGAAUUUCAUUGCCUUGCAGUCUUUAUCGGAACUUAACUGAUUCACCAGAGCUCCCUGAUUGGUUUAGGCAUCCGCAUGACCAGCAUAAUUAUGUGGACGCCGAUGAUUUUGUGCUCCAGACUAAGUUGGAAUUUUUGGAAGCUAGUGAUUCCAAAAGGAAAACCACCGACUCUAGGUUAGAUUAUGGAAAGGAGCCUUGCAAUAUAGACGAUAAUGAUGUUGAUAAGAUAUGUAAAGUUUUAAGGUUGAACUUCACGUCUUUUGAAGAUCUCUUCCAAGCUUUUGUUGGUUGCAAUGUAGAAAUUUCUGAGGCUUUGAUCAAUAUGAUAUUGAAGAGAUUUAGCAAUGACUGGUUUACAGCCUUUGGCUUCUUUAGGUGGGCUGGUGCUCGAGCAAGUUUCAAACACUCUUCUAUUUCUUAUGAUAUGAUGGUUGACAUUUUAGGGAAAUCGAAACAAUUUGAUGUGAUGUGGAGUUUGAUCAAUGAGAUGGUUUGUCUUGGAGGCUUAGUGUCACUAACUACCAUGACCAAGGUGAUGAGAAGGCUUGCUGGAGCCGGUAGGUGGGGCGAUGCCAUAAAGACUUUCAAAAGCAUUGAGAGAUUUGGUGUUAGAAAGGAUACCAUUGCUAUUAAUGCACUAUUAGAUACCUUAUGUAAGGAGAAGAGUGUUAAGCAUGCAAGAGAUGCAUUUUUGGAAUUGAGGGAUGAAGUACAACCUAAUGCUAGUAGUUUUAAUAUUUUGAUUCAUGGAUGGAGCAAAGCACGAAAAAUUGAAGAGGCUAUAAGAAUGAUUGAGGAAAUGAGAGAAUUUGGUUAUACCCCUUGUGUGAUUACAUUCACUUCUCUGAUUGAAGGCUAUUGCUUGGAAAAGAACUUUAGAAUGGCCUGUGCAAUUCUUAAUGAGAUGCGUGGACAUGGGUGUCAACCCAAUGUUGUCACAUAUACUAUAAUAAUGCAUUCUUUGGCUAAGGCCAAAGAAAUUCAAGAAGCCUUGCUGGUAUUUGAGAUGAUGAAGGAUGAUGGUUGUGCUCCAGAUACCUCAUUCUAUAAUUCUUUGAUUUUUUUGAUGGCGAAGUCAGGGAAAUUGCGAGAUGCACAUCACAUAUUUGAGCAAAUGUGCAAAAACGGCAUCUUACCAGAUGUGACCACAUUCAAUACCUUAAUUUCAGCUUCCUGUGAUUACUCUGAGGCAGAGAAUGCUCUAAAGCUAGUCUUCUCAAUGCAAGAAUUUGAUUGCAAGCCUGACAUCAAAACUUACACACCCUUAUUGAAACUUUGUUGUAAAUGGAAAUGGGUGAGAGUCCUUUUGUAUUUACUUGGGCACAUGUUUAAGAAAGAUAUUAGCCUUGACGCUAGUGCAUAUAAUCUGUUGGUGCUUGGACUUUGUCGAAAUGGCAAAAUAGAACAAUCUUGUUUAUUUUUUGAGAAAAUGGUUAUGACGGGGUUCACACCUAAACAAAACACAUACUGUAUUCUAAUCAAGGAACUGGAAAGAAAGAAUAUGGAUAGAGUAAAGUUAAAGAUACAACAAUGCAUGCUGCAGGCUGGGACAAUGAAUCUAGGUGGUUUUCAGCAAUUGUAUAAGCAUCAUAAUGAAUGAAGGCCAAGUGGUUGCUGAUGGAAGUCAUCUUUGAGUAAUCUCAUUUGUGGUUUACGAGACACUAGCUAUUGUCAAGGAAGAAAACAAUUGAGAUCCCAAUUCCACAUCAAUUCAUGUGAUGGCAGGCAUGUUAAAUAUGGCAGAUCGAGCUGAUUGGUGAAAUUGUAAGCUUAGCAAGCAAGAAGAAGAACAAAUGGCAAGAGAAUUCAAGGAGGGAUUUGAUGCUUUUGAUCCUGUAGAUUGAUUUAGUAGAACCCUUCUUCUGGUAAUUACUCGUUUAACCAAGAUCUCCAACAAGGAUUUCUGAUACCUAGACAUCUUCAAAGUUCUUGCACAGAAUUUUGAGAUAAAUAUGACUUUCCCAUUUUGAGAUAAAUAAACAUUGAGUUGUUUCUUUUAUCAAAUUCUCAUUUUAUUGUUGUGAAAUCUGAUUUAUAAACUUGUAACUUGUGAACUUGCUGAAUGAUUCGAAAAGUGAUACAAAUGGGUUUAUUUCUUA